AUGAAGUGGCUAUAUAAGCUAUCCCACCUCAUCUGGCCGGAACACGACAUCUCAAACACCGCACGGGAACCACGAACUCCAGAGUUUUCAAAGCGGUGGCAACGACGACACAUAGCUCAUGGUGUCGAAGGUAAACCAGUCCCGGUCCAGAUGUCCGGUGUGAGUGAUCAGCUGUCUGCUACAAACGGACAGAACGCGUAUGGGAGUCCGGUCCGCCUCCACUUCACAUCGACAUCAAUCCAACCAUACCUCUGGUUUCACAUUAAGGAAACGCGAAAUCAAAAUUACACCCCAGAGCGAAGAAGAAUUACAGGAGGAAAGGAGAUUAUUGGGAGGUUCCAAGUCCGUGAAAAUGUCCGCUUCUUUAGCAGAAAGGACCCGAACGCCGUUCGUAUAACACCAGGAGCACUGUUAAGAAGAGGAACUGGUACGGAUUUGAAGUCCUUUGCGAAUUUCACUCCACGAAAUACCCUUAUUUCCCGUGCCGAUAGAAAACAGAUUCACCCUUUGGUCGGGAGGGAUCGCAAUAAGCCUCUUCGGUCGGUUUCACUUGGACAAGACGCUUCAGACCUGCUUCGGGAGCUAGAAGAAGGCAAGCGGCCCAGAAAAAGACGUAGGACGGACGAUUCACAUGCUCUUGCUGAGGUCAUUGUGGUGAAUGAUGACGACUCGAUUAUACGCUCGGAAUCUCCUUCAUCUCCCAGACCUAAUUCCUAUGGCCCACGACACCUAAGCCAGAAUACCCCGAUAUCUAACAACCGUGGUCCUACUAAUCAAAGGGAAUCUACGACCCAUGAAUUUUGGAACGUUGAGAGGAGGAUGCAAGAUUUUAAGAGCAAAAGACCGCAAACUCCGAAUGUAACUGAGGAUGAGCUCUUUACGAUGGAAGCCAAAGCACAGCGACUUGGGAGGAAGAUCGGCACGGCCAUUGCCCGACCAGGUGGCCCAGGUUUGUCUGGCGCUUCCGAAAAAGCGAGUGCUGUUGUUGGUGUACCACCGAUUAACAAUUUGGGUGGCGCGUGUGCAACGGAAUCAGAGACUCAUAGCUUUACCGACAAGCUUGCUGAUUCAUUUGCCCGGACGGGCAGUCAGCGUCGUGGUUCUUAUACACGUGAGAGCCCAGACGAGCUUCAGGGGGAUAAGACCGUUCCUGAGGCUUGGAGAGGCGGUGCUGCAAAGGAUCGUCUGGACACAAUGGAAGGUGAUAUUAGCCCGACAAACUUCUCCGUCGUAAUGAAGAAGGACCGAAAACGUACGGAUAAAAGACAUAGAGACUCACCUACUCAUAAGCAUUCGUUUUCGGUUACUAUGUUUCGCGACACGGUGCGGACUGUUGAGGAAUGGUGCACGCUUAUUGCUAAAGACGGUACCUUUUUUGUGGCAAGCCAUAACGGUCCUUGGAUGUCCAAGGAAUUUCUUAUUGAAAAAAUCAACAGAAUUUGGCACGGCGGGCCCAGAGUUGCUGUGAAGUUUCCUAUGGUUUCAGGCUCGAUAGACGAGCUAAAAAUACAAUUUUCGUCUGAGAAAGAAGCGAUUAGAUACUGUAAAUUGAUGUGGGAACUUAACAAUGACGUCAAAUUAAGGGAUAAAGCGAGUGAUUGGAUGGAAAGUAUGUUCAAACGCGCUGUUGAGGAGAGGAGACAAGGAAUCCGCAAUCUGGGUGGCUCGAAACGCGAAAGCCCUCAGGAUGCCCAGAUUGGCAUCGUCCGUCCCUCAACGCAACCUAAACGGCAGAAGCUCAGUGAGAGCCUUCGUGACAGUGACGGGGCAACAAGAAUCUCCCCGCCGGAAGAUACACUGCAGUUGCGCGGAUCUCCCAAGGGUGGAAAACAUAUUUCGCCGCCUCUCAGCCCCAGUCAUCUAAAUUCUGAUCCGCCUAUACCUAUUCCUAUUAAAACGUACAAUACUAACGUGGGCUCGCGUGUCACACGCUCGCGGAAGCGAAUGGAACCCACAACUAUUAAUAGUGACCAUGAGCUUUCGACUUCGCCUCUCCGAGAUGGUUCUAAAUGGGUAAAGUCGCUUGUAUACCCACCUCAAGGCAAAAGGAAAGCUGAAGUGGAAUUCCACGAUUUGGAACGCUUGAGGGACGGGGAAUAUUUAAACGACAAUCUCAUCGGCUUUUAUCUACGUUUUCUUGAGUAUCACAUGGAAACGAAGAGACCAGAUUUGGCGAAACGGGUUUACUUUUUUAACUCAUUCUUUUUCGCAAGCCUGACAAAGACGUCUAAGGGUCAGAAGAUUAAUUACCAGGCGGUAGAGAAGUGGACAAGGAAUGUGGACCUUUUCAGUUAUGAUUAUAUUAUCGUCCCAAUCAACGAAAAGGCGCAUUGGUAUAUGGCCAUUAUAUGCAACAUCCCUGCGCUGUGUGAUCCAAAAUCCAUUGUCGAACAUCACGAACCCGAAAACGACAUGGCCGAUGAUUCUCCGCAUAGACAAGGGAGACCUGAUUUGGGAAAUCGAGGUCCAGGCCAAAAUGAUACAGCCGUCUUACAGCGUGGCGAGGAUAACGACACUGUUGCGCAGACUUUAGGGAAUCGCAAAGACCAACUUCAAGAUGAUUUUGAUUCCAUGUCAUUAUCGGAUAAUAGACCGGAAAUAGAUACCCCACAAAAUGACACAAGUCCUGAAUCUCAAGACAAGAGUGAAUGGCCGGACGAAGGCGAAAACGGACCACUUGUUUCUAUUGUCCAAACAGAGGAAGAGCUAAACACUUCACCGCAGUCGAAUCAGCUUAAAUCGUUGCGUUCUGGGAAAUUGAGGGAUUUUUCAGGAACCAUGUCGAAGAAAUCUCACCGGAAGUUCCAAUAUGAGCCAAAGGAACCCGUUAUCAUCACUUUCGAUUCAUUAGGCUGUUCCCGAUCCCCCACCGUAAGAAUCCUUCGGCUUUAUCUCGAGGAGGAAGGGAGAGCUAAGCGAUCACUUACCAUUGACACACAAAGAAUCUGGGGCAUGGCUGCUCAACAUAUCCCACAUCAAUCUAAUUUUUCUGAUUGUGGUCUGUAUCUCUUAACUUAUCUAGAAAAAUUUAUGUGGGACCCGGACAUGUUUAUUAGGAAGCUGGUGAGAAAGGAGAUGAACGAAUAUGACGAUUGGCCACCAAUGAAAUCACGGGUUCUUCGACGUCGCCUCCGGAACUUUCUUCUCAAAUUGCACGAGGAAGAGGGAAGACAGAACCGGAAUGAAGCUGACGAAGGGCCGAGGCUGAUCGAUACUGAACCGCUAAAAAUAUUGUUGGUGGAUGAUCCGCCUGCAAAGGUACCACAAGGCGAGAGUGCUCCUUUGAAUGACUCAGCUGGACUUGAACAGAACCCAGAAAUCAAGCCUGCUUCCCCUGCCCAAGCAAACAGGUUAGUGGUACGUGGUGGCCAGCAAGAGCCCCGACAGGAACAAUCCACACGCGAAUUGGUGAAGCUCAACCAAAAUGAGCAAAUACAGGUCUCCAAGGCCCCAGUCACCCUAAAAGAUGAAGCCGUUCAGCAAUCCGAACCAGAAACACUGCUGUCGGGAAUUUUGCUGUAUGGAGGCGAAGACUCUACAAACAAUGAAAAUAUCACUGAAAUCCCGAGGACUCCUUCUCCAGACCAUAUAAGCCCAGAUUCCCGUUCUCAGAACGUACGGGAGCAUGACCAGGAGAUACUUGACGGGAUCGAGUGA